ACACUCCACUCAGGAAGUGAUGAGUUUUCAAUGAACUUUUUGAACUUCUGCGCUGACUUUGUUUUCUAUCUGAACUGCUGGAUCAGGUCAGAAAUCAGACUCGUGAUGGCUUUCCUGUCACUUGCGUUACUUUUAGGAUCUCUACUGAGUCUGACUUCAGCCGACAAGGCUGGUGAAGUAGACAGAGAGGAUCAAUUGAGGAGCAGACUGAAGGAAUAUGGACUUGUGACACCCUUCAGCACAGACUCCCAAGGACGUUACCUAUCACACCUGCUUUCAGCAACCCACAAGCAGCGAGUCAAGAGGGAGGCGCUAUCACUGAGCAAAAGUGAACAGAAACUUUUCUUCAAUAUCACAGCUUUUGGAAAGGAAUUUCAUCUGCGGCUGCGACCAAAUAAUAGACUGGUGGCACCAGGCGCUGUGGUGGAGUGGCACGACACGGUCCAAACCUUCUGGAAUGCCAGCAACAGCUUGAAUGAUGAUUCCGAUGUGAUCACAAACCAGACUGAUAACACUGAGGGAGGUGACAGGAUAGUGUGGCGUGAGCUGCUUAAGACAGACUGCACCUUCAUUGGUGACAUCACAGAUGUUCCUGGGGCCUCGGUUGCCAUUAACAACUGCGAUGGGCUGGCUGGGAUGAUUCGCACAGAUUCUGAUGAGUACUUCAUUGAGCCACUGGAAAGAGGCACCCAAGAGCAGGAGGACCAAGGCAGGGUCCAUGUGGUUUAUCGCAGGUCGGCUCUGCUGCAGCCUUCAUCUGACAUGUCUGUGGACUACCAGAUACAAGAACCACAGCUGGAUGUUCCAGGGAUGCUUCACACCAUAUCAGAGCAGGUCAACCAGACCGCCCACCGGAACCGCCGCCACGCAGGGGACAACGACUACAACAUUGAAAUUCUACUUGGAGUUGACGACUCUGUGGUUCGUUUUCAUGGAAAGCAGCAUGUGCAAAACUACCUCCUCACUCUCAUGAACAUUGUUAACGAGAUUUACCACGACGAGUCGCUGGGCACCCACAUCAAUGUCAUCCUGGUGAGGAUGAUCAUGCUGGGCUACACUAAGUCCAUCAGCCUUAUUGAACGAGGCAACCCUUCUCGGAGCCUGGAGAAUGUGUGCCGCUGGGCAUUCUUACAGCAGAAAGGUGAUCCCAGUCACGAUGAACACCAUGACCACGCUAUCUUCCUCACUCGCCAAGGCUUUGGUCCAACUGGGAUGCAGGGUUACGCUCCAGUGACGGGAAUGUGCCACCCAGUGCGGAGCUGCACUCUCAACCAUGAAGACGGCUUUUCCUCUGCCUUCGUUGUGGCCCACGAGACCGGACAUGUGUUGGGCAUGGAGCAUGAUGGCCAAGGCAACCGCUGCGGAGAUGAAACAGCCAUGGGAAGCGUUAUGGCCCCUCUGGUGCAGGCGGCCUUUCAUCGUUACCACUGGUCCAUGUGCAGUGGACAGGAACUGAAGCGAUACAUCCACACAUAUGACUGUCUCCUGGAUGACCCCUUUAAACACGACUGGCCGCAGCUCCCUGAACAUCCAGGUAUUAACUACUCCAUGGACGAGCAGUGUCGUUUUGACUUUGGAGUGGGCUACAAGAUUUGCACUUCAUUUCGCACGUUUGACCCGUGCAAACAGCUGUGGUGCAGUCACCCAGACAAUCCCUACUUCUGCAAGACUAAGAAGGGCCCACCUCUUGAUGGGACGGAAUGUGCUACUGGAAAGUGGUGCUACAAAGGUCACUGCAUGUGGAAGACCCCAAAUCAAGCAAAACAAGAUGGUGCCUGGGGCUCCUGGGAUAAAUUUGGGGUGUGUUCGCGCUCCUGUGGAACUGGAGUACGCUUCCGGACACGUCAGUGCAACAACCCAGCUCCUUCCAGUGGCGGCCAAGACUGUCCCGGAGUAAACUAUGAGUACCAGCUUUGCAACACUGACGACUGCCCCAAGCAUUUUGAAGACUUCCGAGCCCAGCAGUGCCAACUCCGCAACUCCCACUUUGAGUUCCAAAAUGCCAAGCACCAUUGGCUGCCUUAUGAACACCCCGAUGCAAAUAAGAGAUGCCACCUCUACUGCCAGUCAAAGGAGACAGGAGACAUGGCUUACAUGAAGCAGUUGGUACAUGAUGGGACACGAUGCUCCUACAAGGAUGCUUAUAGUAUCUGCGUGCGUGGAGAAUGUGUGAAAGUUGGCUGUGAUAGAGAAAUUGGCUCAACCAAAGUUGAAGACAAAUGUGGUGUUUGUGGCGGAGACAACUCCCACUGCCGUACCAUUACAGGAACGUUCACCCGCACUCCAAAGAAAGCUGGGAAGUAUUUAAGCAAGAGACACCAAAAAGAAAAUGCUUUGUUGGAAAACAAACUAUGGAAGAGCAGAGGGGCCUUCUCCUUACCCAAAGGAGCUCGAAAUGUGUUUUUAAAUGAAACGGAGGAUUCUAGAAACGUGCUCGGUUACCUUAAGAUGUUUCUCAUUCCUCAUGGAGCUCGGCAUGUGUUCAUCCAAGAACACGUGGCAUCCCCUCAAAUUAUUGCAAUCAAGAACCAGGCAACAGGGCAUUACAUUCUCAACGGGAAAGGAGAGGAGGUCAAGUCCAGGAGCUUCAUUGACCUGGGUGUGGAGUGGCAUUACAUCCUUGAGGACGGCAUUGAGACUCUGCACACUGAAGGACCUUUGCAUGACCCCGUGGUGGUUCUGAUUAUACCCAAGGACAAUGAAACACGCUCAACUCUAUUGUACAAUUACGACAUCCAUGAAGAUUCAGCGCCUGUAAACGACAACAAUGUCAUUCAGGAGGACACGUAUGAGUGGGCCCUGAAGAGCUGGUCUCCAUGUUCCAAACCUUGUGCUGGAGGGUUUCAGUACACCAAGUAUGGAUGUCGAAAGAAAGGAGACACCAAGAUGAUCCAUCGAGGUUACUGCGACGCAAACAAAAAACCAAAACCGAUUCGCAGAAUGUGUAACCUGCAAGACUGCACACAGCCACAAUGGAUCUCAGAUGAAUGGGAGCACUGCACCAAAACCUGCGGUAGUCUGGGCUUCCAGAUCCGGACCGUGCGCUGUGUACAUUUCCUCCACGACGGCACCAACCGCUCAAUCCACAGCAAAUACUGCAGUGGAGAGAAACCAGAGAACCGGAGGCCAUGUAACAGAGUUCCUUGUCCUGCCCAGUGGAGAACGGGAGUGUGGUCUGAGUGCUCAGUUACCUGUGGUGACGGGAUGGAGAGGCGACUGGUUACUUGUCGGAUUGGCGAUCAGUGUCAUGGGGACAAACCUGAAACUAUAAGACCAUGUCGACCAGGACCAUGCCACGAUGAACCCUGUAAUGGAGACAAGUCCAUCUUUUGCCAGAUGGAGGUCCUAGCGCGAUAUUGCUCUAUUCCAGGCUACAACAAACUCUGCUGUGACUCCUGCGGCAAGCGGAGCGGCACACUUUCUCUCUUCUCUGAGGCGGCCAAGACAGAAGAGCAUGUCCGCUUUGGGUCAGCCUCCCAGCUCCUAGAGACAUUAUCGGCCGCUGUCGGAGCCAACAGCACCCGUGCUGCUAAGCAAGACUCAGGCAAAGGCUCAGUAUCAUCUGGUAUUGCUGGGAAAGGCUUCACUUCGCCUGCCCCGUUGAAGAAAAUCCCAACAAAGAUCAGUACUGCACCAAGGCGUGUUCCACGCCACGUGGGAAUUACUGUCAGGAAGCCACCUGUUAUUGCACUGGCUUCCAUGGCUACUCAGCCUGAGAGGCAGCCAGGUACUGGUGAGGGUCAAAGGUUGAGCAGCUUGACAGACAGUCGGUGGCCUACAGCGUUAUGUGAGGUGGAGAGAUGAAAAUGUCCUGCUUCAGGCCUUUCAUGAACAGUCAAUAUCCAGCUUUACUCUCAGUCAUGUCAAACAACACACAGACAGAAAAGUGCUGGUUCACUUUGUUUUUACACUUUCCUUUUCCCUGUCAGUGUCUUCUUACAGUUUUUAGACUGAAAGUCCACAUUGCUUUGCUUCAUGCUUAUUUAUUAAGAAUAGAAAAAGAUGCAAUGACUUCAGUGAACAGGAGCAACGUGAUUAGGAGAGAAUGUUCAUUCAUGCCAGAAAAACAACUUUUGUUCUUUUUGCUGAACUGUUUCAGGGACUUCAAAGUUCAACAAAGCAUAGAAACCUUGACAGUCCUGAAUCUCUUUGUACAUCUCAAAUGGAUCUGAACCAAACUCUGAUGUGUCAACAAAAGUGCCUUAGAAUGAGAUGUGAGGUCCCAGCAGGUGCCUACGUUUUCACUCCAAAUGGCCUUUUCUUCGUUUCAUUGGUCACGAUGCAUAAUAAAACAAAUCUCUGGAAUCCACAGAGCGGGGGCUGAAUCUGCUGCAAAACGUUCAGCAGAAGACAAGACAAAAUGUCAUCAGGUGCAGUUAUUGGUGUUGAUUCAGUUUGGGAAACUGUAUGCACACAACACAGGCUGAGCUUCCAUGGUCUCGAAUUAAAAGGCUCUUCACAUUAUGAAAAAAAAAUGCUUUUGGUGCAUACACAUUUUUAACCUUCAAGCUAGAAGACAAAAGUUUUUAAAAGUUGUUUUAAAAGACAGAAAUGUUUAAAAGUUGCAAGGAAGCCUGGCCUUCUGACUCUUACAUGGAGCAGCUCUUUUGAAAGAGUCCACAGUGAUCAGACAUUGAAAAUUGUUGUUGUUGCAUAGAAUUUUUUUUUACUGGCUUUCUGUGCCAGUUGCUAUUUGCCAAGGUUGCUGUUAAUAUUGUGCAUGAAAAUGCUGAGUGUAUCAACAUGAAUAACUUUUAAAGUAGAUUGAUCAAAAUGUCAAGGGAAAGGCAAAAAGAAAAAUAGUAAAAAUAAAGAACAUGUUAUAUGCGUCCGCUCAUCAUUUGUCAUGAUGUGCUAUGUGAUAUGAUUAUGUUGCUAAAACAUCAUGACAUGACAUGACAUAAUCAGAAAAAAAUGACAUUAUCAGAAAAAUGCAUUCUGCUGAAUUUCUCCACAUUCAGUUGGCUUAAAGAGGUGAUUCAGUGUUUAUGUUGAUCUAAUCAUUUGUCAUUAUGUGGUAUAAGUGACAUGACGAUGAAGACACAAAAACAUCAUGAAAUUACAUCAAUAUACUCUGAAAAACACAUUUCCGUGAUAUCUACUACCAGUCAGACUAGGUUAAUAAUCUCUGCCUUGUUGGUCUUGCUGCUGCCAUUGUUCCUAUAUCUCCUAAUGACUAUCAUAUUCUUGCAUCUUUGUAUUAUGUGCGUGUGCAGGGUACACAUUGCUCCUCUGAUGACCUUCAUAUAGUUUUGAAGCAGUGACAGGGAAAAAGUGCAUGCAGUGGAGUGGAAAACUAUGAUUUAGGGCUGCUGUUUUGCACUUGACCAGCUUUUAACUUUGUGCAAAGUAGUGACUCUGCAGAAUGUGUGAACAGAAAAUCCAACCAUACAAUCUCGCCUUCUGUAUUCAGUGUUCACAACAAAGUAUAUA